AUGCCGUCGUCAGGUGACCCACCGUCACAGCCACUGCUUAGAGUGGCAGUGAUAUGCAUGGACUGAUGUGCGUGUGUAUCGACGCAGGCGACUCAUGCGCCCAUGUCAAGGAAAAGGUUUCUGUCAAGGAGAAGGUCUUCUCUGGGUCAACUGAUCGAGGCGUCAUGAACCGCCAUCCUUCGAGCGUCGGCGAACUACGCAUGAAGUCCAUGGAACCGGUAAUCUCACUGCAUUGGCAUCCAGGCAUCCAUCGACGGACGUUGAUUGCACCAUUCCGUGUGCAGAUGGAGAAGACUAUAGCUGCGUCUACCGAGCCAGCUGCCUCGAAGCCGGGUAUUACGGGCGAGUCAUAUGCAGCGCGGUGCGUGGAGCACGUCGUGGAGCUCUUCACCCACUAUUAUGCUUGGUACUGGACCCAGCAAUGGGCCUCGCCCAUCCCUCCCGUUGGCGGUGCUUGUGAUGGUGUGGGUACAAUGCCGAUUGAGCCCGGCUUUGGGCCGCAGAUCCAGAGGACCUUCUGCCUGCAGCCGUCCGUCAGUCUAAGGCCCAAUGGACGGCAUAUCAUCAGGCGCCAUAUGAGGGGCAGGAAGAGGGAGACGAUAACGAGGAUGAGGCCGCGGACGGGAAAGAAGAGGUAGGGAGCAUAGCAUUCAAACGUGCCCUUGCCUCUCUUCUCCUUUGUGCAGGACCCAGUACAUGACGAGUGCCUUGCGGGGCAGCCGGUGGACGACAGGCCAUCACGUGACGCAUUCAUUGCCUUCCACAUAAGAGGCAGCGGUGUGGAACAGCAGCUCCCUGAGAAGCUGAUAUAUCUGGCGGGCAGCAAGCUGCCGUGCGGCGAGGUGCUGGUGGGAAGACGGGACGAAGCAAGCACUCGUGACAUCCACGAGGACGCCUGUCACCUUCGUGCGGCUGGAUUCGUCAAGUUCGUGCAGGCAAUGAAGAUCCACCUGUUCAAGCACCUGAUAAAGAAUGUCUCCAUCAAGGUAGCGCUGAGCGAAAGAAAGAGAUGCCGCAUCUCUUCGAAUCCUGUCUCCCUGCGACAUCGGUAAGAGAGAAGUGCCAUGUGCCCUCCCUGCUGUCUGUCUCAGAUAUACGGCUGUCUACAUUUUGUAUUGGUCGAGAUAUUUGCCGAAGAACCACGAUCCAGCCCUGGCGCAUUGGACGGAGCACCGCACCUUCGGCGGUGCUCGAAGAGACGCACCCCGAGUCGGCCAAUUCUUUCUCGACAACAACGAAGUGGCGCUCAUCGACAACAAGGACAUGGCCACUGUUUUACAGCAAGCAUCACGACGCUGA